AUGGACGGACCUGAGCCAGACACGACGCCUUUUGAUGCGAUAACCACCCAGAGCAAUAAGCUGCUGAGGCAAUACCAAACCUAUCUCGACAAAUCAACUCCCUACACCACCUAUCGUUGGGCGGCGACCGGCGGGCUUCUCGUCCUCUUCUUCCUUCGAAUAGUCUUCGCGCAAGGCUGGUACAUCGUCGCAUACUGCCUCGGCAUUUACCUGCUCAACCUCUUUCUCGCCUUCCUCCAACCCAAGUUCGAUCCGAGUUUGUCACAAGAUGAAGGACUGGAAGACGGCGAGGGAUCCGCCCUGCCCACCAAGCAAGACGAUGAAUUCAGGCCGUUUAUCAGACGACUGCCCGAGUUCAAAUUCUGGCAUUCCGCGACACGGGCCGUUGCCAUCAGCUUCGUCUGCAGUUGGUUCGAGAUCUUUAACUUGCCGGUCUUCUGGCCUGUCCUGGUCAUGUACUGGCUGAUUCUGUUCUCCUUGACGAUGAGAAAACAAAUCCAACAUAUGAUCAAGUAUCGUUAUGUCCCCUUCUCUAUCGGAAAGGCGAAAUACUCUCGCAAAUCAUGA